AUGAUUUUAUCCUUUAUAUUGCCUGCCAUAGCUAUAUGGCUAUGUGUGGCACCAUUUUCCAUCUACCUCUACGACCCUAAACGCCUACGCCGAUAUCCGAAUCAGAACUUCCUAUCCGGCCUAACAAGCCUGGCAUACGUCUACGAGCGAAGACACCCCUUCCGAACAAGAGAACUUCAUCGCCAACACGAGAGGCACCCCAUCUUACGCACUGGGCCAACAGUGCUCUCAUUCAGGAGCGUGGACGCCAUUAAAGACAUCUACGGACACAGCUCCCCAUGUCUCAAAGACGACGUGUACAAAUUAAUCACAGGAGACCACCCCCAUACACUCAACGUGGUCGACAAGGAUGACCAUGCUCGUAAGCGCAGGAUGCUCUCUAAUGCAUUCGCAACGCGGAACCUGGAGCAAUGGGAAUUUAAGAUCAGCGAUAAAGUUAGGAAAAUGGUUACUCAGUUUGAUAAGCGUUGUACUGCUCCGCUGUCGAAUGAUGAUUCUGUUGACCCAAGUGACUUGACUGUGAAUUUUCGAUUAUGGUCUAACCUUUUCACACUCGACGCAAUUGCGGACAUUGCGCUUAGUGAGCGGCUUGGCUUGCUCGAGUCAGGCACUGAUGUUGUUGAGGCCAGGAUGGGCAAUAGCGUCCACAGGUUUAACUUGAUAGAGAGCCUGCAUUGUGGCGGACGGGUCGUGUCCAGGUUUGUCGGGGCAACUGACUGGCAUCAUAUUCUCAAAGCACUGUCCACUUUUGUCGUCCCGGAGUUCAGGGCACAUGGGAACGACUUCGCGAAUAUAGUCAGCACGCUGACGGAUAAAAGAGUGGGAAAACACAACCGCGGGGACAAGUUAAGUGACUUCUUGGGUUGCCUGUUGGAGGACAAGGCAGGAAAGCAGCGUGGCCUGGAUCGUGGAGAGAUCGAAGCUGAGACAACCAUACUUCUGGACGCCGGCUCCGACACUACGGCAAUUGCAUUAACAAAUGUUCUCUACUACUUAAUCAAGCAUCCUACCGCUCUCAGCAAGCUCCGGGAGGAAGUCGACACUGCACUCGCAGGAGGAACAAUUGCCCUGUAUACAAAUGUCAAAAGUCUUCCCUACCUGAGGGCCUGUCUUGACGAGUCACUUCGACUCUCUCCGCCUGUUCCGCGUGGUCUCGAGCGAAAGACACCCCCGCAGGGCAUGGAUAUCAUGGGAGAACAGAUCGCAGGAGGCGUCACUGUUUCAGUCCCAGCAUACAUCGCCCACCGAGACCCAAGGAUAUUUCCCAACCCUGAUUCAUAUGUACCAGAGAGAUGGCUUGACCAGUCCGAAAGGACUAAAGAAAUGAGGACUGUUUUUAUACCAUUCACAACAGGUCCACGAGCAUGUAUUGGACGGAAUAUUACCAUGAUGGAGCAGCAAAUUCUCGUUGCUACGUUGGUCCAUCGGUAUGAAUUUGCACUCCCUUCUCGAGACUGGGAAUUGGACUGGGAAGAGGCUUUUAAUCUGUGGCCGGCUCAGAUGCCCUUGAAGGUUUGGAGGCGUGAUAUUUAA